GCGUUAUUCAAUUUCAAACUUGUAUCUUUCCUCCGCCCAAUCUUCCCCACGUCUUAGCAUUGGUCCUUCGCCGGAGCUGAAAUAGAGGAAGAGGGAGAUUUCGCGGCAGUUAACCGACGUAGUUUAAUCCAUUUAUUCCCGUCUCCGGGCGGUUGUUUCUUCAAGUUUUGGAGACUCACUGCGAACUUUAAAUAAUUUCACUGUGCACUACAUUAGGGUUUGAAAGUAUUUGUAUUGUUUUCAUUUAUGAAAAUCCAGUGACGUGAUUCGUCUCAGAAUGCUGCAACGUGAGUAGUCCAGUAAAAUCAAGAAAGACUGGUUGCUGAGAAUGGGAAGGCGAAAGGCGAGGAAAACAGUUAAGAAGUGCAGCCCUUCGCCUGUACGAGAAGCAAAGGAUGAAGCAGCGAAUGACGAGGAUGUUGAACGACAUGCUGCUGCAAUCCGUGCCAUUCGGGAUGUGGAGAUCGAGCGUUUGAUUACUGAAUUGCGGUUGCUUCGUUCGUAUUUCAACCAAGAGCAAUUGCAAACUCCUCUAUUGCAAUUUUUCAAAGAAAAACUUCCAAGCUUGUCCAUUUCGAGAAGAGGCGAAGAAGGAGAAAUUGAAGUACAAUGGAAGAAUGCAGAGGAUGAAUUACACUCCAAUCCAGCUGAUAGAAUAGAUAUACACGCUUCUCUCCUUCAUCGCCUGUCCACAGCUUAUCCUAACUGCUCUGCCGGAGUGCGAUCUUUGAAUGGAUUCGAAUUUUCCAGUAAAUCAGUGAAAACAAAUCCUUUCAAUGUUGAGAACCUGGAAAUUCCGAACUUCGUUUUGGAGGAGCCCUCGGAUAAUAUGGUGCUUGGCAUGCCAGACAUUCUCCAAACUCCUGGGGUGAAUAACCAAAGAUUGUCCAUUGGGAUGACACCAAAAACUCGAAGACUGCCAAAGCCGGGUGAGAUGCUUGUGUCUAUCCAUGGAUCCCCCCUUGGUGUUUACAGGGAAGACAACAUGGAAGCAAUCCAUGAAUCAGAAGAGGGUUGAGGGUUGAUUUGUUGAUUCAAGGCCACUUGACUGCUUGUCAAUAGAAGUGAAACAAAUGCGAUCAUCCCGACCAUCGUUUUACCUGAUGUUCUAACCUUUUGAGUACUUGUUAAAAGCUACUCUUACAUGUGUAUAACUAAGAAUUAUUGUGUAUGCACAUUGGGAUCUCAUUCUUGUUACUCUUAUUUCUUUCUUAUCUUACAACUCGUUUGGUCUCA